CUGCCAGCCCCCCGAGGUGCCGCCUCACCCGCUCCGCAUGUGGCAACGCUGCUGGCUAAUCACUAGUAUUUUUUUUAAUUUUGAACCUCCACUCUUCUCCCAAAGCAGUGCCUCAAGUUUAACCAAAAAGACAAGACUAAUAAAUUAAUAUAUGCGAAUGUGCUGACAGUGUUUGUAUAUUAAGAGACAAGAGAGAAUACACACUACCCUCCCCACCCUGCGCCCCAGGAGCCGGACACUGUUCCUGCUCCUGGCUGCGCCAAUCCCGCCGCUGCUCGCACACGGCGCGGCCGAGCCGGACACCAAGAAAACAGUUCCCCGUUUGGAUCUAACCACUUAGCACUCUUUUGUAAUUAACCUGCCGGCUUCAGCCCCUGCACCCCAAAGGAGGAGACUGCCUUGGCCCUGUGGUGCACCCCAUUGCAACCAAUGUGCCAGAGGAGGACAUCACCAGCUCCUCGGCACUGGACAGCCAGACACACCACACCAGCCCUGAAGCUGCUGCCUGGACCCCUUCCACGCGCCCUCAGUGCAGCGAGGAGGGGGCUCUGCACCCCAGCCCCCCGAGCUGCCCCAUCUCCCUGCCUUGGCCUCCUGGCACGUCCCCACCACCCCGCCGCAGAGCCGGUGCCCUGACCGUAAGUGCCGCGCUGGCGCUGCCCGGUGCUUCCGCGCCGUGUGGGGGGACCUGCCUCCGCUCGCCACUUCGCCCGCCGAGGGGCUUCGCUGCGUGCCUGCCUCCGCCAGCCCACCCGCUCACCCGUCCUCCGGGACGCGCCCGCCGCGGUCGGCCGGUCUGUCAGUCUCUCCGUGUAUCUGGGAAGUGCUUCUGCUCGAGGUUGAUUUCCUCACACUCCUGUGGCUCCGUGACCCAUUGGCAGGUGUCUGCCAGAGCCCGCACCCCAGCCUGGGUCUGCGCAGCUCCUGCCCCCAGAAUGCCCCAGAGCCGUGGGGGUUUUCCUGACCCUCACUAAGGGUAUGAGGGCCAUGGGACCCCUGCAGCACAGGGUGGGCCAUGGGAUGCUGUAGCAGCCUGGCACACACUCUUGUUAGAAAUAGGCAGAUUUCUGUAAAAACAGCUUCCUUUUCCUUCUUCGCGGUAAUUCCGUCUCCCUGGUUCAUCCCCAUGCCGGCGCUAACGCGCUCUCUCUCUGGCAGACGUCUUUUUCCAGUCCCAACAAAGACCUCCCAGUGCCGCUGGGUGAGCUCCUGAGCUGGGUCUCCGACAUCAGCAGGUCGUGGAUGGGCUCGAGGGGAGCCCCAGAGGCGGCAGCUGCUCGGCCGUGCCCACCUGCACAGUGUGGCUGGAUGUCCAUACCACUUCCCCUCAUCGCCGCCAUGGAGCCCGUCCCCCGCCCUGAGGCCGGUGGGACUGCACCUGAGGACACAGGGACGUUCUCCCUCACCCUUUGCACUUGCCAGAGUCCCCUGCCAGAGACUGAGGCCAUGGUGCCCGAGCAGCCAAUGGCCCAAGAAGCACCCACAGGGUCACCCGGCCCCCACUCGCCCCACACACUCCUUCCUCCCUGGGGAUGGCCUCCUGGUGUGGUGUCGGGCUCACUGCGGAUCUCCAAAACAUCUCCUCCUCCUCCCCUGCUCUCAUCUACCACCUGUAAAUCCUGUCAUGUUACCCUCUGCCUCUGGUGUCAUUAUUGCUCUCAUGACCCCCUUUGGCUUUGCAUGAGGUGCCACUGCACGCAGCUCCAGGACCGUCCCCACUCCCAGGGCCUCCCACACCCCGACCAUCACUCAUCGGGACAGUGGGGGUCCAUGGAUUACCCAAACACAUCUCUUUUUGGGGGCAAAACACUAAACUUGUACAUACCACGAAGUGUCUGUAAAAGGAGCAGUGCGGACCCAGGGCUCCCCUGCAAGGGCAGUAAAAGAGAAUCCUCUGAAACCAGCCAGCAGCUCUGCGUGAUCUGUUUGCCCCUUGGCCUUGCCACCCUGACGGUGGGCUCCCUUUGCCUCCUGCAGCUUCAUGCCACGGGCUGUAUGGGCUGCUGCAGGUCGUGGUGAAGUGUGUCAGGGUGC